AUGGCUCAAGUAACUGUACGCAUGCAUUCGAAACAGACUUGUGCAAUUUAUGAUCGAUUUGGUCGUUUGAUGUUUGGUAAUGAAACAUUACCAAAAGAUGUUCUUGAAUAUGUUGUUUUCGAACGUAUAUUGACGAAUCCAUAUAGUCAAUGGCGUGUUCAUUCCAAAAUAUUACCAUCAUGGCUACCGCCAUUAAAUCCACACUGUAAAAAAUGCCAUGCGUCUUACUAG